UUUGUGUGGCUCGUGCGCUCAUGGAGAGCUGAUGUGUGGCGCGCGCGUAAACGCUCCUGACGCCCUGAGAGUCUCUCAGAUUUCAGGAAGUGUGUGAAGUCCUCCUCAGUCGCCGUGUGUCUGCCGUCGCUGCUCUAUAUUAUGGUCGUUCUGCCGUGAUCCGCGCGGAUUCCCGUCGGGCACCAUGUCCAGCCGGUACAGCCCGAAGCGUGCGCUCCUGCCCGCGGUCUGCGCGCAUGUUGUGUCCGUGCUGACUGUCUGCUGCGCCGGGAGUCUGUUUACAGCAGCCGCCUAUCCGACUCAACAUGAUACACUAAACACGCUGGAGCAUUAUGAUGUGAUUGAACCACACCUGCUCAUUGGAGGACAGCAGAGACCGGUUAGUCUCAUCAACUCAAUGGGGCACCCUGGAUCACUGAAGGUGCUGAUUGAAGUGGACGGGGAGCAACUGCUACUUGCUUUACAGAAAAAUGAAGGGUUGUUUGCUAGUCACUACACAGAAACACACUACCUGGAGGAUGGAAGUGCCGUCACCACCUCACCGAAUGUGACGAUUCACUGCUAUUAUCAUGGCGAGGUGGAGGGACAACUGGGGUCAGAGGUCAGCCUCAGCACCUGUACAGGACUCAGGGGACUGAUUUCACUUGAACAUAAAGUAUAUGUACUGGAGCCCAUGCAGGAGGGAAACACUCAUCGUCUUUACAGAGGAGAACAUCUUAAAUUCACCCAGGGAACCUGCGGACACGGUCACAAUAUUUCAUACCCAAACCCUACAGGAGCCGUCUUCAGUUCUCACAGCAGAAGGCAUAAAAGAGACGCCCAGAGCAGCACCAAGCAUGUGGAGUUGAUCAUCGUCGCAGACAACCGCGAGUAUCAGAAACAGGGGAAAGACGUGGAGAAAGUGAAACAGAGGCUUGCUGAAAUAGCCAACUAUGUGGACAAGUUUUACAGAUCACUGAAUAUCCGUGUGGCUCUGGUGGGGCUGGAGGUGUGGAGUGACGGAGACAAAUGCUCCAUCACACAGGAUCCGUUUACAUCGCUCCACGAGUUCCUGGACUGGAGAAAACUCAAGCUGCUCCCGCAGAGACCUCACGAUAACGCUCAGCUGAUCAGUGGGGUUUAUUUUCAGGGCACCACCAUCGGCAUGGCUCCCAUUAUGAGCAUGUGCACUGUGGAGCAGUCAGGGGGAAUCGUCAUGGAUCACUCUGAUAACCCCCUCGGCGCUGCGGUUACUUUGGCCCAUGAGCUCGGACACAACUUUGGCAUGAAUCAUGACACGCCGGAGCGCGGGUGCGGGUGCAGAGCGACUGUGGACCGAGGCGGAUGUAUCAUGACCCCCUCCACUGGGUACCCGUUCCCUACAGUCUUCAGUACAUGCAGUAAGAAGGAUCUAGCCGCGAGCUUGGAGAAAGGUGUGGGCAUGUGUUUGUUCAACAUGCCGGAGGUGAAAGUGCUCUACGGAGGCCAGAAAUGUGGAAACGGAUACGUCGAGGAGGGAGAGCAGUGUGAUUGCGGAGAUGUGGAGGAGUGUCUGAACCCCUGCUGUAAUGCCAGCACAUGCACACUGAAGGAGGAGGCUGUGUGUGCGCAUGGACAGUGCUGUGAAAACUGUCAGCUGAAGCCUCCAGGGACUCCGUGCCGUGAAUCCAGUAACUCCUGUGACCUGCCCGAGUUUUGCACUGGCGCCGACCCUCACUGCCCUGCUAACGUCUACCUCCACGACGGACACACCUGCCAGGGUGUAGAUGGGCACUGUUACAACGGCAUCUGCCAAACACACGAGCAGCAGUGCAUCACACUCUGGGGACAGGGUGCAAAACCAGCUCCAGGAAUCUGCUUCGAAAGAGUCAACUCGGCGGGAGAUCCGUACGGAAACUGUGGAAAAGACGCAAAGGGGUCAUUUGCCAAAUGUGAAGCACGAGAUGCUAAAUGUGGGAAGAUCCAGUGUCAGGGCGGAGCCAACCGGCCGGUGAUCGGCACCAAUGCCGUCUCCAUAGAAACCAACAUCCCACUCCAGGAGGGCGGGCGUAUCCUCUGCCGCGGGACUCACGUGUACCUGGGAGACGACAUGCCGGAUCCGGGCCUCGUGCUCACCGGCACCAAAUGUGGAGAAAACAUGAUGUGUGUAAACAGACAGUGUCAGAACAUCAGUGUGCUCGGGGUUCACGACUGUUCGGACAAGUGCAGCGGACAUGGGGUUUGUAAUAAUAAUAAGAACUGUCACUGUGAGGCUCUGUGGGCUCCUCCGUUCUGUGAUAAAGCUGGAUUUGGAGGAAGCAUGGACAGCGGCCCGAUGAGACCGACAGACAGCAGCAGUGUGACGGUGGGAAUCCUGGUGGCGUUUCUGUGUCUGCUGUGUGUUGGAAUAAUCGCGUGCAUUAAGAGGAAAACUCUGCUCAGUCUGUUCUUCAGCAAUAAGAAGAACACCAUCGAAAAACUGAGGUCUGUGGGACCCAACAGGCUGAACAGUCCAGCUCACACACACACUGGCAUUCAAACACACUCGAUGUACAGAACGUCUCCUCAACGUCAGACUACAGCUUUACCACAAAGUGCCAGCAUAUAUAAGCCUCAGUCUCCUCUCCAGACGGUGGGAUCUGUGGUCCCGUCUCACGGUCUCCGCCGACUGCCCCAGUGCCCUCCAGUGCACCUCUCUCACCCGCUGCCACUGACGCCAACACACACACACACACACUCGUCUCCACCCAGAGCCCCCGCACCAGCGCUCGCCUGCCAGAACGUCUGCAAGAUCGCAUUGGCGUUCGAGAAGCCCAGUCCGCCUCAGAAGCCUCUCCCCGCUGACCCGCUGGGUCGAAACAUCCGGGUGAUGCGUAACCCGUCUGCGGUCCGACUCCCAGCUCCUAUCCCGCCCCCGGCCGCCCCCCGUCCCGCUCCAGCUCACCCGCAGCCCUGCAGGCCUCCUCCGAAACAGCCGCCCACGCUGCCGAAGCCCCAGCUCCCAGCCCGAGUGAAGUUCAGCAGCUGAGAGCCGGACUGAGGGAUUUCGGCCCUGGAGACACUCGCUUUUUGCACUAUGAACCUCUGCGGGACACGUGGCGUGUCAGAGUCCUGAUGUGAGGGGUGACCUUUGACCCCCGCGGUGCUCUCCCUCUAAACGGUGCUAUGAGUCCAAGCUCAGGUACAUGUCACGCGUUAUUUAUGUCGGUUACGAGCGUAUUUAUUUGAGCACAGUGCACUGUGGUUGACACUUUCUCAAUCGUAGCAAUCGGUGGUUCGCCCACGUUUACCAGAUUGACCUUUUGUUGUUGUUGCUGUUGUUGUUGUUUGGACCUUUUUCGACUGUGCACCAGCGGAGGAAAGAGAAGACGUGUUAUCUGUGAAC